AUGCAAUCAGGAUCAAAGUCACAAUAUGAUGAGACAUCAUCACAGAGAAAUCCUUCCGUCGAGUUUCCCAUACAAGGAGUGCAGCAAUGCCAUACAUGUAGAACCCACAUUGGCACAUCUGCGAUAAAGAUAUUUAUAAAGAACACUUGGAGAAUGGUGAGAUACAACACUUACUUCAGCUCUUGGUCCAUCUCUGAAGUACUGCUUUACAUCAUUGAACCAAGGCUCACGGUAGGCAGUUAUCAAAACACAAAACUCUAUGGUGCCAUACAAAGUUUUUCUUCUGCUCAACAACCAGAUGGCCAACUUCUGCAAAAAACAUUCCGAAAAUCAAGCCAAUCGAAAAUGCCACCACCGCACAGAGAAAGAGCUUACACGGAAGACGCAUCUAUCGAGGAAAAACCUCACAGUCACGAACCCAAAGGCGAAGUAGACGGCGACAAUGAAAUGCCACGCGCUAGGCUCUCCGCCGGAGUUCCAGAUCGAUUCCAUCCGCCGAUUCGAACUUCACUUGAAACGACCGAACAUCAAUCGAUUGGCCAGCAACCUCCGCCGCAACCGCCGAAAAAUUCGAGCAAAAACAACUACACGCAAAACGACGCAGAAAUCUCAAAGAAGAAGAAGAAGAAGAAGAAGAAGAAGAAGAAGAAGAAGGGGAAAAACCAGCCUUUGCCGGUGGCCUUCAAUACUCUUGAG